GAAGGUUUUAAUUAGCACAACAGUGUCAAACUCGCCAACGCUGGGAAAUGAGCUCCUCGCCCGCGCCUCCUGCACCGCUGUCGCCUUGGACCAAGUCGGUGGUCGCAGGCUCUGUGUCGGGCAUGGCAAGCGUGGUGGCAUGUCACCCCUUUGACACCAUUCGCACGCGACUGCAGCUGUCGCCCUCCCGCUUCCGCGGCUUCUUCCACUGCGCCCAACAGACUAUACAGCAGGAGACCAUGCGAGGCCUGUAUAAGGGCUUCCUGCCCCCGUUCUUCAGCCAGGGUGUGUACAAGGCCAUCAUCUUCACUACAUCGUCCACGCUGCGCAACGACGUGCUACCUCACAUAUCGCUACUGCAGCCGGUUCUCACCCCAACGGUUGUGUCAUUGACAGCCGGAGCUAUCGCUGGUGGUGUCAACGCGUUCCUGGUCGCACCCGUGGAGCUCGUACGCAACCGACUACAGGUGCAAUACGACAGCCAGCCAGAGACGCGAAAGUACCGAGGAGCUUACCACUGCGUCACACAAGUGGUGCGCACUGAGGGCAUCACGGCCAUGUGGAAGGGCUUGACCACCACCGUCAUCCGAGACUCACUGGGUGUAGCCUUCUACUUCUUAGGAUACGACUUCGCAAAGAAACGCCUCGCUGAAAGCGGGAAGCUUGGAGAGAUGGCUACACUGUUGACUGCUGGGGCUUUUGGGGGGGUCAGCUUCUGGGCAGUAGCGCUGCCGUUCGACACUAUCAAGUCGCUGAUCCAAGCGGACGGGAAAACAGGCAAGUACACAGGACUGGCAUCGAGUACAGCAAGGCUGGUACGCGAAGAAGGCGUGAUGCAGCUCUUCCGCGGAUGGCAGGCAGCCUUCUCGCGUGGAAUUCCGAGUGCUGCUAUCACUUUUUGGACUUUUGAACGAGCAACUAAACUGCUGGAUGAGAUGUGAAUAAUUGAUCAAGGCUCUACUUGCUGUAAAUUAACAAGUAAGGAGCUUUAUUCACCAUUUUGAACUGCAGCGUAUGGAUGCUGUGCAAUUUCUACAUGUACAUGUAGUAGUACUUGGAAGUACAUUAGUGAUAAUUGAGUCGAGGUGAGCUCGUUAGUUCUGCCUUGAUAAAUCCACCCGUGCGCGUCGCAAUUGUGUCGCGAUCGAGGCAGCUCGUUCCCCCAAACCAAUUGCUUUGUCCUUGAACAUGUCGUGAAUGGAAUCGGGGUCGGUCGGGUAGCAUAUCGGUGGGAAAUCUCGCAGCUCCGGACUGGUUUGAUCUGCAGGCGCAAACGGUCCUUCGCCCACGAUAGCAGACGCGCCAAACGCACUCGUCCAGCGCUCUCCCCCAACGAUUAUCAUCCGGAAGAUCAUGAGCGAGUGCAGCAAGUUCACCAUAGUCAGCUCUUCUCCUGCCGAUAUCCCUCCACUCGUGACGAAGACAGCACCAAUCUUCUGGCUCAGGUCCUCGGUAAACGACCAUUCACUCAAAAACUUUGCCAUCUACAGUAAGAAAAAAAUACCGAAUACACUAGUCAGCUAAAUAACACU